CGGCGAUCCGUACCCCUGGCCAGACCUAGCAUGCAAUAUAUAUAUGACUGUGACUAGACUAUAAUAUACACAGCAACAUGGCCAGUCCUCACAUGUCUGCUGUGCAAUAUGGGGGCACACAUCCCUACAACCCACCUGACUGGGCCAAGGACCUCAAGCUGGUCCCCAAGAACUAUGUCAAGCUUAGUAUGAGCCCCACCCCCAUUCACAAGUGGUCUCCUCCGGGUGUUCCCGACGGCUUUGAGGUUGGUAUCAAGAGGGAGGACUUGUCCGGAUGCACCCUCUCUGGAAAUAAGGUGAGGAAGCUUGAGUUUCUGUUUGCGGAUGCUCUGGAGCAAGGCUGUGACAUGGUGAUCACGUUUGGUGGGUUUGAUUCCAACCAUGCUCGAGCAACUGCCAUGGCUGCCAGAGAGGUGGGGCUGGAGCCGUACGUCUUUAUACUGGACUUUGAUAAUUCUGUGAGGGAACCUAAAGAUGUUAGUUGUCAAGGCAACGCGCUCUUGAUGAGGCUGGUAGGAACUCACUUCAUUGUGUAUCCCCUGAGAGAUGACAUGUCAUUUGACGAUCAGAUAGACGAAAUUCAUGGACAGAUGGAAAAAUUCGCCAAGAAAAAACGGUCAGAAGGUCACAAAGUGUACACGAUUCCCAAGGGAGGCUCCAACACACUCGGAGCGUGGGCGUGGAUGGACGUAUUCAGUGAAAUGAUGGGACAGGGUCUUCAUGAUAAUUUUGACGAUAUAUUCGUAGCUGGUGGUUCAGUGGGGACAGCGUGUGGGCUGGCCAUUGCUAACUACCUCACCGGUUCAAAACUAAAGAUCCACUGUGUGUCACUGUACUGGACGGACCCUGCCGGGCUGUACGCCCACCUGAAGGAGUGCCUGAGGGACAUGGGACUGACAGGUCGUGUACGCCCUGAGGAGCUGGUCAAUCCAGUGAUGGACUAUAUAGGGCUAGGCCUCUCACAGUCAACAGAUGCAGAGUUGGAUGCUAUAGUUGAAGUGAUGAGCUCUACUGGUAUAGUGAUGGACCCUAUGUUCACUGUCAAGAGUUACCUAGGCAUGGUGGGGGAGAUGAGCAAGAACCCCUCUGUGUUCAAGGGACGAAGGGUGCUCUACAUACACACAGGUGGAGUGUACAUACUGUUUGGUCGUAUGGAUACCAUAGUGCAGAGGAGACCAGAGUGUAACCGAAUGACACUAUCUAGUGAUCUAUGUCCCUGAGCUAUAGCUCCCUACUGUGAACACUAAUAUUUUAAAUUGUUGUUUUUUGUAUCUAUAUAAUUAUAAUUAUGUGUACAUAAUGCCAAUCAUAAUUAUAAUACGUAUCAUGGUGUUACUGUACACACAUUAAUUUUUUGGUUAAAAGA